AGUCGUGAGGAAACUGUCGAGUGGUGAAGUGUGCUAAAGAAGAACAAUCUUAGAAGGUGUUUUGUGGGAGAUAUUUAACAUAAUUUCUAUUGAUAAGACUUUUUUUUAAAAAUAUUCUUGCUUCUUUUUCAUUCUCUCUGUUGAGGAAUGUGAUUUUGCGUACAAUUUUCUGACUUUUAGAGGUGUUUAAAAAAAAUUAAAUUUUAAAGAGCGAAGAAGAAAAAGUGAAAAAGAGUUUAAAAGUUUGGAAAAAUGACCAUCGGUUUCGAGGAGAAUGAGCCUCUUCUCAAUGGAGAUGCUCAAAGUAAAUCACUAUUCUCGUAUCCAGAUUUAACGGAAACCACCAAUCAUCGUGAGUCCUAUGGGACAGUGAAAAUUGGCAUUCAGCAGCCAGUGGAAACGCGCAAUCUCAUCUACACGUGGGACAAUUUAGAUGUCUUCGGAGAGGUGGCAUCACAACCAAGCAAUGGUGGCCUAUGCACGCGAAUGCGUCAAUGUUUCUCUGGGAAAAAUCGCACUCCAAUGCGAACCAGGAAGCAUCUGUUGAAGAAUGUCUCUGGGUAUGCCCGUAGUGGGGAACUUUUGGCCAUUUUGGGUAGCUCCGGUGCCGGGAAGACAACUCUGCUCAACACAUUGGCUUUUCGUUCCCCCACGGGAAUUCACGUAUCCAGCAGCAGUGUUCGUGCUCUCAAUGGUGUCCCACUGACGGCAUCGGAUCUCCGUGCAAGAUGUGCCUACGUGCAGCAGGAUGAUCUCUUUAUUGGGUCCCUCAGUGCGAGGGAGCAUUUGAUCUUCCAAGCUCUACUGCGAAUGGACAAAGACAUUCCGUACAAGCAGAAGUUGGCACGUGUGGAUGAAGUCAUCAGGGAGUUAUCUCUGACAAAGUGCCAGAACACUGUUAUUGGUAUUCCGGGUCGGAUCAAAGGUCUCUCAGGGGGUGAGAAGAAGCGUCUAUCAUUCGCUUCAGAGGCUCUCAUUGAUCCUCCAUUGCUCCUUUGCGAUGAACCCACAUCGGGGUUGGAUUCCUUUAUUGCACACAAUGUUAUACAGGUGCUGAAGAAUGUUGUUGAGAAGGGUAAAAUAGUCAUCUUGACAAUCCAUCAACCAUCCUCUGAGCUCUACAGUAUGUUUGAUAAGCUUCUCCUGAUGGCUAAUGGUAGGGUGGCUUUCUACGGAACUCCAGCACAGGCUUCGCAAUUUUUUAUGAGCGUUGGAAGACCUUGUCCUCCAAAUUACAAUCCAGCAGAUCACUUCAUUCAGGUUCUGGCAAUUCAAUCACAUCAUGAAGAGGAAAGUCGCGAGAGCAUUACUAAGAUCUGCGAUGCGUACGAUCGCGAUGAGAUCGCUAGCGAUGUUAAGAAAACAAUUAAGGAUCAAAAGUGCAAUGAUGGUCUUCCUGUGAUGAUCGACGGUGGUGUUAUGCGCUACAGAGCUCCGUGGAUGGUGCAAAUUCGUGCGAUCCUCUGGCGAUCAUGGAUUAGCAUGAUAAAGGAUCCCAUUCUCAUGAAUGUUCGCCUCUUUCAGACAGUUACGGUGUCCUUCCUCAUUGGAUUGAUCUUCUUCCAGCAGAAACUUGAUGAGACCGGUGUGAUGAACAUAAAUGGAGCAAUCUUCCUCUUUCUCACCAACAUGACGUUCCAGAAUGUUUUUGCCGUUAUAAAUGUCUUCACAGGUGAACUUCCGGUAUUCCUACGUGAAACACGGAGUCACCUCUAUCGCCCCGAUACAUUCUUCCUGGGCAAAACACUCUCGGAAUUGCCACUCUUUAUCGUCAUUCCCAUCAUCUUUACUGCCGUAGCUUAUCCAAUGGUUGGCCUUAUUGGGGGUUUCUAUCACUUCUUCAUUGCAUCGUGCAUUAUGGCCCUCAUGGCGAAUGCAGCCACAUCAUAUGGAUACCUCAUUUCCUCCAUUAGCUCCUCCACUUCCAUGGCACUCUCCAUUGGGCCACCCGUUGUAAUUCCUUUCCUCCUCUUUGGUGGAUUCUUCCUCAAUUCUGCCUCCGUUCCCUUUUAUUUCUCCUGGCUGAGCUAUUUAUCGUGGUUCAGGUAUGCCAACGAAGCUUUGCUCAUUAAUCAGUGGGCUGAAGUUGAACCCGGAGAAAUUGCCUGCAAUCGUGCCAACAUCUCAUGCCCUGCUUCCGGAACUAUUGUCCUCGAAACGCUCAACUUUAGUGAGGAUAACUUCAUGCUGGAUAUCGGAGGAUUAGUCUUCCUUCUCAUAUUUUUCAGAUUUCUGGCUUUCCUCGCAUUAUAUUACAAAGCGAGGAGUAAGGAGUAAUUUUAGAGGAUUUAUUUUAUUAUAUUGGUUUUUAAAUAAUUGAAUUUUGUGCCUAGAAAUCUGCUGAAUGCUGAUAAACAAUAAAGGUUGAUAUUUUUUGCGA